AUGUACGAGCACCGCUCUGCUUUCCACAUGUACAGCUCCGGCAAAGUCCCCUUGGGGCUAAAACGCAAGGGUUUGCGGGUCGUGGUGACUGGCGAGGCCGGGUUCGUUGGGUACCACUUGGUCGACCGUCUGAUGGAGCGAGGCGAUAGCGUGAUCGUAGUCGAUAACUUCUUCACCGGACGGAAAGAGAACCAAGGCAACAGACGGUGGAGAUCUGUUCCUUUCACGCAUCCUUUGACUUUCGAAAACAUCUCCAUGGAAGAAGAUCUCAAAAACAAGGUAAAGUUCGACCUCGAAUCUUUCCUCAAAGGCAAACAGUAUUACCAUCGUCUAGGCCGUGUUUGGAGGCACAACUUUCUCUUGUACAGUCCUUCGGGGACAGGGAAAUCGAGCUUCGUGGCAGCCAUGGCUAACUUCUUGUCCUACGAUGUUUACGACAUCAAUGUCUCCAAGGUCUCAAAAGAUUCGGAUCUGAACUCGUUAUUAUUAGGAACGAUGAGUCGUUCUAUUAUUGUGAUCAAAGAUUUUGAUCGGUUUCUGAUGGAGAAACCAAGGACCAAGAAUUUAUCAAUGAUAAUGAAGUUUAUGGAUGGGAUAUUGAACUCGUGCAUCACUGAAGAGAGAUUGAUGGUGUUCACAAUGAAUAGUAAAGAAUAUUUACUCAUUGACACGACUAUUCUUAGAUCGGGUCAAAUCGAUGUUCAUAUUCAUUUCCCUUUGUGCAAAUUUCUUUAG